CCGUCGCAGCGACUCGAAGUCGAAAUAGCUUCGCACAGUGAUUCCGAGUGCUAUGGUCGACUACAUUCAACUGCUGGAUGAACUUCAGUGACGGACUCCGAAAUCCGAGGGACCAGCAGCACCCUGUCUUCUCCAGCCGCGAGUUGCGCCCCUUGUUUCGCGCUAAAUUCUCUCCCCAAAAUCCCCGAUCGGGGGCGCCAUGUCUGACGCACAUACCUCAUCCGACGAAGAUGAUCUUUAUGACGAAGGGGAUUACUAUUCCCAAUCGGCGGAUAUCGAAUCGGAAGCGACCGAAGCCGACAUUGAAGCGUAUCAUUUCGAAUGUGUCACACCCGAAGAUGUCGACAAGUUGUUUGCAACCGCCGUCAAUGAUCUCACGGACAAGUUAAUACUCCAAGAAGCCGGGGUGGCGAGGAUGCUGUUGCACCAUUUCCAGUGGAAUUGCCAAGAGGUUGUGGAACGUUACAAAAAGAAUCCCGCGCAGACGUUGGCGCUAGCACGAAUCCGCAGCAUCACCGUAUCCCCCGACAACAACAACGCUCAUUUCUGCCAGACGUGUUUCCAAAAUUUACGCUCCGGCGAGUUCCGGUCGCUCGACUGCGGCCAUCAGUUCUGCGCCGAUUGCUGGACAGCGUUCCUCGAGGUCCAGAUCGGUCAGGGCCGCUCAACGGAAAUCGCCUGCAUGAGCCAAGGCUGCGACAUCCUCGCGCCGAUGGAGUUCGUACUGCAGCUGAUCGCACCGAAAAGCGCACUGCUCGAGGCCCGAUACCUACAGUUCUGUCGGAACGAUUGGAUCCGCACCCAUCCCCAGUUGCGCUUCUGUCCCGGUAGGAACUGUCAGGCCGUGAUUCGGGUCGAGCAGAUCCUAGCUAAACGCGUCAAGUGCUCGUUUUGUCAAACACAAUUUUGCUGCCGCUGCGGAGGUGACUACCACGCGCCGGCGGACUGCGAAACGAUCAAGAAAUGGAUCACCAAGUGCGCCGACGACUCCGAGACGGCGAACUACAUCUCGGCCCACACGAAGGACUGUCCCAUGUGUCACGUGUGCAUCGAGAAGAACGGAGGCUGUAACCACAUGCAGUGCUCGGGCUGCAAGUACGAUUUCUGUUGGAUGUGCCUCGGCGACUGGAAGACGCACGGCAGUCAGUAUUACGAAUGCAGUCGGUACAAGGAGAAUCCCAACAUUGCGAACGAGUCAGUCAACGCGCAAGCCCGAGAAGCACUCAAGAAGUACUUAUUCUACUUCGAGCGGUGGGAGAACCACGCCAAGUCACUUCGGCUCGAAGAAGUCAUGAGAGAGAAAAUCCAGAACCGCAUCAACCAAAAAGUCAUGGCCAAGGAAGGGACCUGGAUCGAUUGGCAGUACUUACUCGACGCCGCGGCCCUUUUGGCCAAGUGUCGGUACACCUUGCAGUACACUUAUCCCUACGCCUAUUUCCUCGACCCCGGACCGCGGAAGGAGCUUUUCGAGUAUCAACAAGCGACCCUCGAGGCUGAAAUCGAGAACCUCAGCUGGAAACUCGAGCGCGCGGAAACGACCCAGCGGGGAGAGCUCGGAAACCAGAUGGUCAUCGCGGAGAAGCGGAGAAGUAUUCUGCUCAAAGACUUCCUCAGUCCAUGAUUUGUGAUCUGAAAAUAACAAAACAGACGCUACGAUCGCACCUAUCUAGUCAUAACUCAGAACUCAGAACGAGCCACGGUCGCGAAUCGACCGCCGCAAGUAAACAAUCAGUCGAUCUAUCUAUCUAUCUACCUCUUGGCCGGCCAGGCAGUCGGGCCUGUCGACGGGGAGGCAGCAGGACAGGCAGACGCAGCGUCCACCUGUCCGUCGUAUGAUCUGCAAGAGCGAUCCAGUCAAACUCCGCCGAACAUCGAGAGUCAAUUUUUCCCGAGUCGAACGAUUCCCCCUCUGAACUCUCGGCGUGCGGCUCCUACGAUCUAAUUGCCGACUCAGUACACUUCUGCUGAGAUC